CUGAUGCCACUGAAAACGCUUGGUGGCAGACGUCAGAGCCGAAACGUUUCAAGGGACAAUACGUCAGUGGAAGAUUGUAUUCCGUCCUCCAUCAAGCAGCAUUCAACAUGCCUGUCAAUUUUACUGGGAAAUGGAAGCCAGUCGAAAACAUUGGGCUGGAGGACUAUUUCAAUAAACUUGGAAUUGGUUCAAUCAAGCAAAGUGCGAUCAAGGGAGCUCAUAACCGCAUUGAUCAAAAUGGAGACGACUUCAAAAUUACGAUCAAGGUCAACGCCGUGAUUUCCAAGAAACAAGCGUUUAAGAUCGGUGAAGAAUUCGAUGAAAAAGACCCGACUGACAAGAGCGUUAGGGUGUUUCCGUGCAUGGACGGAGAUAAGCUUGUGAUAACCAUGAAAUACAAGAACCAACCGAUGAAGCAGAAAGUCACACGAGAAAUGGAUGGUGAUGAGAUGAAACUGUGUAUGGAACUUUUUGAAGGAGAGGAAGGCAGUGAAACACUGGUCGCUACUUGCAAGAGGAGAUUCCAGAGGGAGUAGCUAGCUGCAGCAGUUGGGCAUGCGAAUGUGCUUAGUAAAGCGAAUAAGAUAAAAAGGCACUAGUUUUAGUAAGAUUAAAUAUUGUCAUUUAAGUUUUUAGAAUCUGACCUACUUACAGACACUUUGGGCACAAGAGAAACAUUCCCAAAAAUAUUGAUGUCUCAGCGAGCGGACGAGUAGCACUUUAUACCAUCAGGUUUUUGGACUGUCAACGCCAUGAUUAUUGAUCUAUCCUCUGAAUAAAUUUCACAGCAGUCACAUUAUGAGCUAAGUUCUAACGUAAAAAAGCUGAUACGGGUUUAUCAAGGAAAUCAUCACUAUAAAUCGUCGAUCUGAUCGACAUACAUCAAAGCUCUUUAAAAGAAUAUUACCACAGUCUUCUUCAGAUCUCCACUCAAUUCUCUCAGGCUUAAGUUGUUAAUAGUGUUUUUGUUGUUGCUGACAAUAAUAAUUAGGAUAUCACGACCAAC